AGCUUCCUGGUUGUAAACUGCUUGAGAGUGCUGACACCCAGUCAACUUCAAGAGCAGCCAGGAGAACUUUUCUUGCUAACUUUGGGAAGGAAUUAAAAAAUGCUGAAAGGUGCAGAUGAUGUUGUUACAGAGCAGGAGGACUCUGCUUCCCGACAUGGAGAAAUUACAAGUUGGGAUAUCAAUGACAUCAAGCUUCCCCAGGAUGUAAGACAGAUAGACUGGUUUCAAGAAUGGCCAGAUUCCUACGUAAAACAUAUCUAUAGCUCAGAAGAUAAAAAUGCUCAGAGGCACCACAGCAGCUGGGCAAUGAGAAACACCAACAAUCACAACUCUCGCAUCUUAAAAAAGUCCUGCCUUGGGGUAGUGGUCUGUGGCAACGACUGCUCAACAUUGGAUGGGAGGAAGAUCUACCUAAGACCAGCCAUAUGUGAUAAAGCCAGGCAAAAACAACAGCGGAAAUGCUGCCCAAACUGCAAUGGACCCCUGCGGCUCCUCUCCUGCCGAGGCCAUGGUGGUUACCCAGUUACCAACUUCUGGAGGCAUGAAGGCCAAUUCAUAUUUUUUCAGUCCAAAGGAGCUCAUGAUCAUCCACGCCCAGAAACAAAACUAGAAGCAGAAGCAAGAAGAUCAAGCCAAAAAGCACAGACAGCUUUUUCUCCAUCUUCUCCAAGAUUAAAAAGAAUCCAGGAGACUGAGUCUCUGACAGGUGCAAUGCCAACGCGGGAGGCUUUGCCUUUGCUUCUCUCCAAGCCGGACGUUUACGUGCUACCUGCUAAUUUUGGGGGACGAUUAGUAAACUUCACCAACUUUAUUCACCUCCUGGAGCAUGGAGGACUCGCCAUCGAUGGAGGAGAACCAGGUCAUGGUGAUUGGGAGAGUUUCCUGAAGACUGGAAGCAGCAAUAUCAUUCCUGUUUUCAAGGAGAGCAAGAAGGAAGAUCUGGGGAACUACAGGCCAGCCAGCCCCACCUCAAAAUCUGUGAAGGUGAUGGAGAAAAUCAUCCUGGAAACUGUUUGCUAA